AUCUCUAGCGCAUACACACAUUGUACACACACUUGACUCUGCCAAACAGGGCCCAACACCACCGUCCCCUAUCCCUUUUCUCUCUAACUCUUUCCCUUUCCGUCUCAGAAAUUUCCACGUACUCGAACAACUUCCUUCGCAUGGUCAAUGAUCACUUUUCCGAUCACUUCCUCCCGCCGGCCAAUUCACCAAACUAGGUUUUCGCAACUUUCUAUCUCGGAGGUCAAUUUCUCAUGGACGAUGAUAAUUCCAGCCCGCAGAUGUGCCGCCCUUGUGUAGAAGAACCUCAGAGUCAAAGGUUGCUCGAGGACGCCGCAUCGUCAGUAGAAAACUGCACAUCUAUUCAGGAUAUGGAAGGGAAGCAGCUGGUCGGAGUUCCGGGAACGAUGUCCGCGGUUGCUACUGGAAAUUCUAAUUCUCCGGCGACGUUGAAGACGCCGAUAGAGAACGGGAUCGGCUUCGCUGAGAAGACGAAGCGAGGACGGCCGCCACGUGGAGUAGUAGUUAAAGCUCCGCAACCGAAGAGACAACGAGAGGAGGAGGAAGGGGAAGAUGUCUGCUUUAUUUGUUUCGAUGGUGGUUCUCUUGUCCUAUGCGAUCGCAAGGGAUGUCCGAAGGCAUACCAUCCAGCUUGUAUUAAGCGGGAUGAGGCAUUUUUCCGCUCCAAAGCUAAAUGGAACUGUGGUUGGCAUGUUUGUAGUGUAUGUCAAAAGGCUUCCCACUAUAUGUGCUAUACUUGUACAUAUUCGGUGUGCAAAGGAUGUACAAAAGAUGCUGAUUUCUUCUGUGUUCGAAGAAGCAAAGGCUUUUGCUCAACAUGCAUGAGAAUUAUCAUGCUGAUUGAGAAUAUAGACCAAGGGAUCAAGGAGAUGGUUCAAGUAGAUUUUGAUGACAAAAGUAGCUGGGAGUAUCUCUUCAAGGUAUAUUGGAUGUACUUAAAAGAAAAAUUAUCAUUAACACAAAGUGAACUUAUUCAAGCUAAAAAACCCUGGAGAGGAUCAGAUACAGUACACGUUAAGCAACAGCGACUACCUUUUUGUCAUCCUGUUGCAUUUGAUGGCAAAGGUAUUGUGGGCAAGUCUUUUGACCAUCUGGAGCUGAAAAAACCCGUACAAUUGCUGGAGCCACCUUGCAAGGAUCCUCCAAUCACUGAAGUCCAAACAAUUGCUGAGGCUGAAAAUUUAAGUGGUCCUGGUUGUACUCCACAGUUGGAAAAAACACAGCACAUAGAACUAGAGUUACGGAGGAAUGAUUCUUUAAAGAAAGAAAAAGCAAGUGCUUCCACGGGGACAUCAUUGAAUGGACGCAUUGAAUGGGCGUCCAAAGAGCUUUUGGAGUUUGUUGCACACAUGAAGAAUGGUGAUACUUCUGCUCUAUCACAUUUUGAGGUGCAGGCACUAUUACUAGAGUACAUAAAGAGAAAUAAACUUCGAGAUCCUCAUCAGAAAAGUCAAAUAAUUUGUGAUUCGAGGCUCAGAAGUCUUUUUGGAAAACAUCGUGCUGGCCACAUAGAAAUGCUAAAGCUUCUUGAAUUUCACUUUCUGAUAAAGGAGGAUUCGCAGGGGAGUGCAUUUAUACCAGCUGGAAUUGUUGGAAAUGUUACUAGUCGUGUGGAGGCUGAUGAUAAUAAUGAUAUCUCAUUCUUGAUGAAUAAAACUAAGAAACGUAAAUCGCGUAGACACACCGAAGAAAGUUCAGUGCAGAUAAAUCUAGAUGAGUAUGCAGCAAUUGAUGCUCAUAACAUCAAUCUCAUAUAUUUGCGCCGUGAUUUGAUGGAGAGUCUUAUUGAAGAUAUGGAAAAGUUCCAAGGCAGAGUUAUUGGCUCGGUUGUCCGUAUAAGAAUAUCUGGUAACAAUCAGAAGCAAGAUAUGUACAGGCUUGUCCAUGUCGUAGGUACAAGCAAGGCAUUUGUUCCAUAUAAGAUUGGGGACAAGACUGCUGAUGUACUGCUGGAAGUCUUAAACUUAAACAAGAAAGAGAUUGUUCCUAUUGAUUCUAUUUCAAAUCAAGAUUUCUCUGAGGAUGAAUGCAGAAGAUUACGUCAGAUUAUAAAAUGUGGGCUUGUAAAGCGGCUGACCAUAGGCGAGAUAAGGAAGAAAGCAAUGGAACUCCGUGCAGUAAAACUCAACGAUACUUUGGAAGAAGAGAUACUGCGACUCAACAAUCUUCGUGAUAGAGCAAGUGAGAAAGGGCGUAAGAAAGAGCUAAGAGAAUGUGUAGAGAAACUAGAGCUUCUGAAGACGCCUGAGGAACAUCAGCGGAGGCUACUUGCAACUCCAGAAGUGCACGCUGAUCCAAAGAUGGAUCCUAAUUAUGAAACUGAAGAAGAUGCUAGAGAAUCUGACGACAAAAAACAAGUUGAAUAUGGGGGGCCAAGAUUCACUAGAUUUUGCAGAAGGGAAGACAAGCCUAUGUCUUCAUGGAGGAAAGAUAAAGAGGGAUCUAUCAUGUCUCGAUGUAAAGUUAGUGAAAAAAGAGAGGUUCAUGGAAAUAUCAUGAAGAAACUAGGGAAUCAAGGUACUGCACGUCAGGUUGUGGAUAGGUGUGCAUCUGAAACUUCAAUUACAAGCUUUUCUACAGUGAACUCAACAUUCACCAACUGUAGUGACACUGACAAGCUUUGGCAUUACCGUGACCCUAGUGGUAGAAUACAAGGACCGUUUUCAGUGACGCAGUUGAGGAAAUGGAAUAAAUCAGGGCUUUUUCCCCUUGAUAUGAGGAUAUGGAUAAAAGGUGAGCGUGAUGACUCGGUACUUUUAACUAAUGCACUAAAAGGGCUGUUCGGUAUAGCCCCUCAGGUUCAUGGUGAGAUUUCACACCAGUCUCAGGAGCUUGGUGCUACUUCUGUUAACAGUAGUGUUGGGUGGUGUGGAAGCGCAACUGGAAUAGGGAGAGAAUGUGUAGAGAAGGAGGUACCUUGGCACCUCCGUAUUACAAAUAAUCAUUCUAAUGGUUACACUGAGACGGCGAGGAUGGAUGGGCUGUCAUCAUCUUUGCCACAAUGUUUGGACUUGAAUAAUUCUUAUUCCAACAAACCCCAUCCAUCCAGCCCAGAACCAUCAUCCAGUCAUGGGAACGUGUAUGGAGCUCCUUCCAAUGGGAAAAGAUGCCAUGAAAUUGUUGAUGUUCAGUCCAGUACAGGUCAUAUGAUUCAGGACUCAAGUAGAAGUGGUUGCAACCAUAGUAUGCAAUCUCACAGUCAGAGGCACUCAGGGCAGUCUUGUGGACAGAACUGGGAACCUUCAAACAAUAAUAGAAGUUCAGUUAACAUAAAUUCUGGAUCUAGUUUUGCUUCAGUUUCCAAGUCAAGUGAUCCAUCUCAACAGAAAGGUAUCACAAGUUAUCCAGAUCUGCCCAGUCCAACCCCCAAAACAAGCUAUGACGAUGUUGAUGCUCAGGCUGCUGAAGAGCUACUUUCUUUGAGUUUGGUUGUUCCAGUUAGUGCUUCAAAUAUCCAGGAUUUGCCUAGUUCUACACCAGAAUUGGAAGAAGAAGCUCCAGUUGGGCAGGCUGCAGCAAACAAAGAUUCUUUAACUUCUAGUUUUCCUGUUCAGGAUUCAGGUUUUAGUUGGAGCAGUGCUUCUAGUCUGGUGAUCGAUGGGUCCCAACUUCCUGAAAUAGCUAAUGGAUUGGGUGGACCAGCUGUGAAACCAUCUAUAGACUCUGCUCUUAUCUCUGAUUCUGCACUGAAACCUGCUGAAGCAGUAGGUGAUCAUGUCGACACACCUACAUCAGAUGUCAACCAACUGAAACCAGCUGAAGCAGUGGGUGAUUAUGUCGACACACCUACAUCAGAUGUCAACCAACUGAAACCAGCUGAAGCAGUGGGUGAUCAUGUCGACACACCUACGUUAGAUGUCAACCAACUGAAACCAGCUGAAGCAGUGGGUGAUCAUGCUGACACACCUACAUCAGAUGUCAACCAACUGAAACCAGCUGUCGCAAUGGGUGAUCAUGUUGACACACCUACAUCAGAUGUCAACCAACUGAAAGAAUCUGAAGCAGUGGGUGAUCAUGCUGACACACCUACAUCAGAUGUCAACCAACUGAAACCAGCUGUCGCAAUGGGUGAUCAUGUUGACACACCUACAUCAGAUGUCAACCAACUGAAACAAGCUGAAGCAGUGGGUGAUCAUGUCGACACACCUACAUCAGAUGCCAACCAACACCCUGAUAAUUCCUCAUCUAAUCCAAUCUCAAACUUCUCCGAUUGGCGAGCAAUCUUUGGUGAGCCAAUAGAGUUCAGCACUUUAGAUGAGGAAUCCGUGUCCGACCUAUUAGCUGAAGUUGAUGCAAUGGAAUCUCAAACUCAAAGUGGUAUGGGUUCACCAACCUCCGCCAUGGGGUUCUGUGAGGAGACAAUAGCUGGAUGUAGAGGGGACUUUUUCAGCUUUUUGGAGGAGCUUAGUCCCACGCCUGACCCUGCAAAAAAUGAUGCCUUGAGCUCCACUGAAGAUAUACAAUUACCUUGUCAAUCCUCUCUGACAAAUGAACUAGCGAGGACAUUACAUGCUGAAGCUUUUGAUCCUUUUAAGAGGUCUAGCAGGACUUCGUCUACUAGCAGUGAGGGAGAAACAAAGUCAGCUGAUAUUUCCUUUUCCCAGGGGGACACUGGGUUCAAUAUACCUAUACCCUGCACCACGGGGAAAACUGCACUUUCAGUCAUCAGCCAGAGUACUGAACUGGAAGCUAUAACCACCGACUGUUGUGCAGCACCUGGAAACAUGUCUUACUGUGGACCAGUUCAGGGAUUCGCAAAUGUUAAUCAAGUUAGCAGCAUGGGGACUGCAUGCGGUUAUUCAAACACGAAUGAUUCCCCUUUCACCAGGAAUACAUUGUCUGAAAGCCAGUGUAUAUACUCGGGGGAGAGGUCUGGUGGUCCAAGAGACUGGGUUAUUCCAGUAGGGGAUUUGGGAUUUGAAAGGGAUAGGUAAUUGUGGUGCAGACAGUGGUUUGGUGGCAAGGGAUACUCUUAACCUCCCCAAAAAUGACAAUGUGUUGGCAAAUUUUAUGAGAGCGGACUUUGCAAGAAGGGGGCAUUAUGCGACUAUUUGCACCUUUGAGAAGGUAUGAACUUAAAGGUGAAUUCAAACAUAUCAUUUUUUAGUAGGAUGAUCAAGAUGUAGCUAAAAUAUUAGUAUGAUUUUUUAGCUGAUCAAAUAUCAGUUAAAGAAGGCAGGAUACCAAAAGAAUCCCACUGAGUUCCAUAAUGUUAACCAGGUAGAUACUAGUACACUAAAGCAGACAAAAAUAGUUGUAUCAUUCUUGUAUUUGAUCCUGCGAUUGUUGCUCUAUGUACAAACUACAGCAGUGAAUUGAUGAAUUUGUAUGUAUACAUCAGAGAUGAAAGUUUUUGCUCUUUCGAGAUUGAUUUGUUUUCACUUUCAAUCUUGUUGGCAAUUCUAAGGAA